CAGGGGGCACUGCGCGCAGGGCAUGGAGUGCGUGAAGGGCCGCAAGAGGCGGAAGGGCAAGGCCGGGGCGGCGGCGGGCGGCGUGUGCGUGUGCAAGAGCCGCUACCCGGUGUGCGGCAGCGACGGCGCCACCUACGCCAACGCGUGCCAGCUGCGCGCCGCCAGCCUGCGCGCCGAGGCCCGCGGGGAGAAGGCCAUCGCGCAGCUCAGCAAGGGCACCUGCGAGCAAGGUCCGUCCAUCGUGACGCCCCCCAAGGACAUCUGGAAUGUCACCGGCGCCCAGGUGUACCUGAGCUGUGAGGUCAUCGGAAUCCCAACCCCGGUGCUCAUCUGGAACAAGGUCAAAAGGGGUAACUAUGGAGUUCAAAGGACGGAACUUCUGCCUGGCGACCGGGACAACCUGGCCAUUCAGACCCGCGGUGGCCCCGAGAAGCACGAAGUGACCGGCUGGGUGCUGGUGUCUCCUCUGAGCAAGGAGGACGACGGAGAAUACGAGUGCCACGCGUCCAACUCCCAGGGACAGGCCUCAGCGUCUGCCAAGAUCACAGUGGUUGAUGCCCUACAUGAAGUACCAGUGGAUAAGGGUCUGUGAGAAGAGGUGGAGGUGCUGACUAUAAACUUGCAGAAUAUAUAAAGCUACACAGCCGGCAGUAGUCACAGAUAACUACAGCUCCUGUUCUUGCCUGAAAACAAGUUUCUUUUAAUCUAAUCCACUAACCCUUUAGAUAUUCACUGUUUUUACUGGUUUUGGAUUUUAGAAAAAUCCAAAUUAAAGGUAACACAUCCACACUAUCUACAAAAAUUUAUUGUCUAUUUACAGAAAAAAAAGCAUACAUAUCACUAAACCAAAUAAAACGCUUUUUACCGCAA